AUGUCGUCCAACCCUAUCACCUCCGUCGCGCCCUCUUCCUCCCCAAUCACCUCGGUCUCCCAAUCUGCCCCCCGCCCACUCGCCGCAGGCCACAACAACCCCGCGCACUUCACCCGUCUCAACCUCGAGCUUCGGGGUCAGCUGUUUCCCGUCGAUCGGGAGACGCUGAUGCUUCUUCCGGAAUCGGUGUUGCUUGGUCUGUUCCCGCAGGGUUUGGUUCUGAGCAAGCCGGCAUCGUGGGAGGGUGGAGAUGAUGGUGUUUUCGCUGUUGACUUCGACCCCGACUGCUUCAACUACAUCCUCUCCUUCUGGUCCCGCGCCCAACUCCACUUCUACGGCACGCCCACCACCCCGGGCCUCUUCCACGCCCAAAAGCACAUUGUCGAAGCAGCGGCCCAAGCAGCCGCCUCAUCCCCCACUUCCGCUUCCGGCCCCAACUCCGAAUCGACCCAAAACCCCCUGCUUUCCAAACAAGCCAUCAUCGUCCUUCGCGAAGAACUGGAGUACUUCUCCAUAACGACGCCCGGGGCGCUCGCGAGCGUGGAUAAGAAUGGGAUGGGAAAUGAGGAGCUGAGGGAGAUGAAGCGCGCGUGUGGCCGGGCGCUGGAGGAGCGGCGGACAAUCUUUGCGGCGUUGCAGCGGAAUGUCAACAAGGAGAAUAAUCUGGCGGAGCAGCACUUGAUUGAUAUGCUGUGUAUGAGCGGCUUCGACCGGACCGACGAAUGGGGAUACCGCGCGUGCGAGCCCAAUCGCAACAUCAUCUCCUCUAUGGCCCUCGUCCUCCUCAAGACAGGCAUCCACCACCCCGAACCCGGAACGACCGACCCCGCCACCGGCGAAGCGGCGGUCCCUACCGUUGAUGCUGGGCAAAUGGCUACGGCGCAAAAGCUGCUCUUGUUCUGGCGCAAGCCGGCUAGGAAAUGCUGGUGGGACGGUAUCGAGGUGGACGUGCCCAAGUCGAGCAGCAGCAAGGAGAUGAUGAAGGUCAAAGUAUGGGCGAGGCGGGUAUGGACGUUGGAGUUGUCUUUGGUGAGUCUGAUGACCUGCAAACCGCUGGGCGAGGAGACUUGCUGA